CCCAAGAAAAUAUUCAUGGUUUUAGAGUACUGUCCUGGAGGAGAGCUGUUUGAUUACAUAAUUUCUAAGGACCACCUUUCUGAGGAGGAAGCUCGCAUAUUUUUUCGUCAGAUUGUUUCAGCAAUUGCUUAUGUGCACAGUCAGGGAUAUGCCCACAGAGAUCUCAAACCAGAAAAUUUGCUGAUUGACGAAGAACAUAACCUGAAGCUGAUAGACUUUGGACUUUGUGCAAAACCAAAGGGUGGCCUUGAUUACCAUCUGAAUACCUGCUGUGGAAGCCCAGCUUAUGCGGCACCAGAGCUGAUUCAGGGCAAAGCAUACAUUGGCUCAGAGGCAGAUAUUUGGAGUAUGGGAGUACUGCUGUAUGCUCUGCUGUGUGGCUUUCUUCCCUUUGAUGAUGAUAAUGUCAUGGCUGUCUACAGGAAGAUCAUGAGAGGAAAAUACAGUACUCCAAAGUGGCUCUCUCCUAGCAGUACACUCCUCCUUGACCAAAUGCUGCAGGUCGAUCCAAAGAAGCGGAUUACAGUCCAACACCUGUUAAGUCAUCCUUGGCUCAUGCAAGGUUUUUCUGAUGCUGUUCAGUGGCAAAGUAAAUACCCACUGGGGCAUCUUGAUGAGGACUGUGUAACAGAGCUUUCUGUAUUUCAUGAGCAGAGCAGGGAGACUAUAUUGCAAUUAAUAAAUGAGUGGAAAUAUGACCACAUGUCAGCAACAUACCUCUUGCUUCUAUCCAAGAAGGCUCGUGGCAAGCGUGUUCGUUUAAGGUUUCCAUGUCCAACAGAGCAUGCCAGUACCGUGAUGUCGACAGUCCUUGAGCAUUCGAGGCCUGAUGCCCAACUGGAGUAUACGGAAUUCACACUGUCAACUCCAGUGACAAGAAAAGUGGCAUCAAAGAAGCAUAAAAAUAAAGAGAAUGUUGAGACAGUGUCAGCUUUAAGAAAUGAAAUGCCCUUUGCGCUUCCUACUCCUAAGACUCCUCUUGCAAAGAGUCAGAUUGAGACACAGGUACAAGCUGUUCCCCUUAAGGCAGCUGCUUUCAAAGAGAGUCAGUUCACUGCAGUCACCCCAAUUAAGAAACCUGCUAACCCAACAAAUGCAGAUGAAUUGGCAGCAGAUGAGAUUCUUCCUGAAAGAAGGUGUCAGUCAGUGGAUUUAGAUCUCAACCUUGCACAUGUGGAUAGCAGCCAAAAGAAGAGAAAAGCUAAAAUAUUUGGAAGUCUUGAAAGAGGCCUAGAUAAAGUGAUCACGAUGCUUACACCAAGCAAGAAGAAACGAUGCACUAGAGAUUGUCCAAGGAAACUUAAGGCACAUUGUAACAUUACCACCACUCAUCUGCUGAAUCCAGAUGAACUGUUGAAUGAAAUAAUCAUUGUUCUUUCAAAGAAGCAUGUGGAAUAUGUUCAGAAGGGUUAUACCCUGAAAUGUCAAACACGGUCAGAUUUUGGUAAAGUAACUAUGGAGUUUGAGUUAGAAGUAUGUCAGCUCACUAAGCCGGAAGCAGUGGGUAUCCGGCGACAACGGCUUAAAGGUGAUGCCUGGGUCUACAAGAGGCUGAUAGAAGACAUCUUAUCUAGCUGCCAAGUUUUUGGCUCCAUCAUGACAAGAAAGAUACUUGUCUGUUGA